UUCUACCGUUUCCUACAAAAUGUAAACAAACCAUCCACACGCCGACCCUCUAAUAGCUAACACAUGAGGCAACAAAAAAGUCAAUGGUACAUCGGUUUAUAACGACACUAAAACGAAUGUAACUGUACAGUUACAUUUUAGCAGGUUGCUUCCUGGUUUGUCCUGGGGGUGGAUGUCACAUGCCAGGGAAUUGUGAAAGCCCUCUUCUCGGAUAUCUACAGUGACAUUUUACUGUCUUGCUUUGUUGAAGUCGCGUUGGCUAUUGCUGUGCAGAUGCCACCUCUGUCAAUGGCGAGUGGCAAAGGGACCAAAAGGCCUAAGUUAGACUGGAGGUUUGUCCAGAGGUUCUGCAGCAUCCAAAGAGUUCUCUUCCCAUCAUGGUCCAGUCAGAACGUUCUGAUGCUGGGGACGUUGGUCGGAGUCACUCUCACAGAGCAGCUGAUCAUUUACCAGGUGGGAGUCAUCCCCAGCCAGUUCUACCAGGUCCUCUCUGACAAGGACUACUCCGCCUUCAGGAACCUCGCAGGCCUCGCCUUUCUGCUGAUACUGCUUAACUCCACGUUGAAAAGUCUGGACCAGUACAUAUGCAGUCUGAUGUCAGUGAGUUGGAGGAAGUCUUUGACAGAGUGUCUUCACAAAGACUACUUCCAGGGCCGGGUUUACUACACCCUCAAUGUGCUCCAAGAGGACGUCGAUAACCCAGACCAGCGCAUCAGUCAGGACACAGAGAGGUUGUGUAAACAGAUGAGCACCAUGGCCAGUAGACUCAUUGUCUCUCCAUUCACUCUGCUCUACUACACCUACCAGUGCUUCUACAGUACCGGCUGGAUAGGUCCUGUCAGUAUCUUCGGCUACUUCGUGGUCGGGACCAUCACAAAUAAAGCCCUCAUGGGUCCCAUUGUAUCCACUCUGUUUGAGCAGGAGAAACUGGAGGGAGACUUUAGGUUCAAGCACAUGCAGAUCCGGUCCAAUGCUGAAUCUGCUGCUUUCUACAGAGCCGGCAAGGUGGAGCUCAUGAGAACUGACAGGAGACUGCAGACUCUGCUGCGCUGCCAGUACCGUCUGAUGAACAAAGAGCUUUGGCUGUAUAUUGGAGUGAACACCUUUGACUAUCUUGGAGGAAUACUGAGUUAUAUUGUCAUCUCCAUCCCCAUCUUCACUGGGGUUUAUGAUGAUCUCACUCCAGGGGAGCUCAGCGCUCUCAUCAGUAAGAAUGCGUUUGUGUGUAUCUACUUGAUAAACUGCUUCACUCAGCUAAUAGACCUGUCAACCACUCUGUCAGAUGUGGCUGGAUACACCCACAGGAUCGGAGAGCUGAGGGAGAUGAUGGACGACAUCUUGAGGACCCAGUGUGACUAUGACCCUGCGUCUGGAGAGACAUAUGACUUCGACAGUGAUAAUGUCCACGCUGGUCUUGGGGACAGUGCUUUCAUCCUGGACCGUGUCUCCUUCAGGAGUCCCUUCUCUGAGCAGCUUCUGGUUAAAGACCUAAGUCUGAAGAUCAGCCAGGGCUCCCAUCUUCUUGUGGUGGGGAAUACAGGCACUGGGAAGACGUCCCUACUGAGGGUCCUAAACCGCCUCUGGGAAGUAGACAGCGGAUUCGUCCAGAUGACCUCAUGUUUCGGCCCCAGGGGAAUAAUCUUCCUGCCCCAGAAACCUUACCUAACGGACGGCACACUGAGAGAGCAGGUCAUCUAUCCUCUGAAGGAGAUCUACCCAGCGUCAGGGUCAGUGGACGAUGAGAGAAUCAUACAGUACCUGGAACUAGCUGGAGUUUCUAGUCUCCUGAAGAGAACUGGUGGACUGGAUGAGCCUGUAGACUGGAACUGGUAUGAUGUCCUGUCCCCGGGGGAGAUGCAGAGGCUUUGCUUUGCUCGUCUCUUCUACCUGCAACCUAAAUACGCCGUGUUGGAUGAGGCGACCAGCGCUCUGACAGAAGAGGCCGAGGGUCAAAUGUACCGGGCCUGUAAACAGUUGGGAAUGACCCUGGUCAGCUUGGGUCACCGCCGCAGCCUGGAGAAGUACCAUGACAUCUUACUGAAGCUGUGUGGAGAGGGGAGCUGGGAGUUGGCCAAACUGAAAGUGUGACAUCUGCCAAAUACCAACCACCACAUAACCAACUGACAACCCAACCAAAACCCAACCACCAGGUGUCUAAAUGACUCAUGUAACAAGUGUACCUUUCUUAUCAUGGAAUAUUAACUGGAAAACCGACGUUUGGGAGUCCUGUUAGACAUGUAUUGAUGGACAGACUGUCUCAGUGUGUCUCAUGUCUCAUCUUUUUUAUUGACAUAAACAUUUUGUCGCAA